AUGUCGGACUACUCGGACUCGUCAGAGACCUCCAACACAGAGGAAGAUGAAUUCCUAGGUCCGGCUCCGCGACAGGAUAUCGACAUCGUCGUAAUUCCUGGCGUUGAAGGCGAAAAAAGUUGUCCGCCGGAUCUGGAAAAUUCUGAACCGCUAGAAGACUUGCUAGUUGACCGAAUCGACGGGAUUUGGGAACUCAUAAAUUUUGAGUACGAUGUCAAGGCAACAUUCGGGGCUGAUAAAACCCCUGGCUUCGAUGAAGCGGCCGUGAACUUGCUUGAGACCAUCUGGAGAAGCGACAACGAACGUAAUAAUGAAACUGGAGCCGGUGAAAGCAGAGACACCAGUUUUGUUCCCUUGGUAAUGAUCGCUUAUGGUUUAGGUGGCCGCAUUGUGCAAAGAGCUUUAUGCUUGGCCAGGCGGAGCUUGAAGUAUCGAUCGAUCGAACUUCGAACCGAAUUGCUGAUAUUUGUUGGCACGCCACAAUACUCGUCAAAAGACGACGAGUUUAUGGGUGAUCUACUCUGGGGCGACGUGAGACAGGAAUUUCUGUCUUUUGCAUCGCGCUAUCGUAUUUUAUCCGUCUAUCAAGACCUCGAGAUCAUGUCCUCGGAGGACAGAUUCUUCUUGAAUCUUCCGACGGAAAAGCACCUGACUCGAAAGACCCGACCCAUCGAUCUGGGUCAAUUUUCCCCGGAAGACGAAUACCUCAAGGUAUUGACUAGGGAGAUUGAAAGUCUCCGGAAGCCAAAGAAUUUUGACGGUUAUUACGACUAUUACCUUGCUGUCUUGCGAUCUUUGAACAAGAAGAAAUUCCUGAAAAUAUAUCAAGAUGAGCCCAUGCUGCAAACCCGAUUUUUUGGAUGGAUCGAAGAAGAGAAUCCAAAGGCUGUAAGCUGGCUGUUGGAACCGGCUUCUAGGAUCCUUCUCGUGAGCGGCGAUGAGGGUUCAGGAGUGCGUUCGGCAUCUCAAUCCCUGAUGGAACAGGCAGAAGAACGCUAUAAGAAGAGUGCUAUAAGUACCGUAUCCGCUUCAUUCACCUUUGACUCCUUUGAUGAUCGUUUCAAUACCCUGGAAGCAAUGUUUACAUCGCUUAUACUCCAACUUUUACUGGCGGAUCCAACUCUAUUCAGUUUCCUCGCCGAUGUCGAAGCGGGCUCCGUUGCAGAUAUGCUAUCGGAUGACAUCAAUGAACCAGCAGUAUCUCGACUCUGGUGCUUGAUGAAGACUUUGCUCUCAUACCGCGGGAGACGCGCCAUUAUUUGCGUUAUCAACGCGCUUCAAGACUGCAAGUCAGACUAUACGACGUUUCUGGAAAAUCUCAUGAAUUUUUCCAGUGUAUCGGAAGCAAACUUCAAAAUUGUCCUUACUAGUGUCCAUGAUGGAACUAGACUUAAGGUCCCUCUUAGCAUUACACUAGAUCAGGAGGCGGCCAUGAAGUGGCAGAGAGAUAAAGCCAUGAGGUUGGUGUCUGGAUUAAUCCGCACCAAACCUAGUUUAGAAGAGUUCGAAGGUUACAUUGCGAGCACGAUAGUCAGAACGAUGGGCACAAACGUCUGGCAGACCAACUUAUACCUGAAGUACCUGGAGAUGAGUAUGACACAUACUGCGCCAAAAUCCGUCAGAGACACGAUGAUAUCUCUGGGUGAAGAACCAAUCCAGUCAAUUAUAAGCCAUAGUCUCCACAGGCUCACGGAUCAUGACCAAGGUCGGAGUCUAAGAAUGCUUGCAUGGGUUAUCUACUGUUUUCGACCGCUUGAGGUUCCGGAAUUGGCCACGGCAAUGGCUCUGGAUUUCGUGGACCCGGCCUCUUCUGCUCAGAAACCAGUCUCUCUGGACUGCGACCCGAUAGAUGACUGGUAUUCUCGUAACAUAUCAGCGGACAUUCAGCUCGCUCUGGGAGAUAUUGUGGAAAUUUGCGGUACGGAAGUGAGCAUCGCCAACCGACAACACCUUAGGCAAGCCGUCAUUGAAGAAGUGAGAAGAAGAGCAAACAGACCAGAUUCAUCAUCCAAAACGGAGGGAGAAAAGUCAGAGGCGACUGAGCUGUUCAAAAACAUUAAUCACCUUACGAUUGCUCAGAUGUGUCUCGGCUACCUCUCAGUAGAACGCAUGGAAAGAGUCCUCGAAUUUUUGGAUGAGCAGCAUGAUUCCACCAUCCUGCCACGUUCUGGUCCUUAUCAAGACAAUUUCUGCAUGUAUGCUGCACAAUACUGGCCGGCUCAUUACUUAUCCAUCCAAGGUCCUACCACUGAGGUUGUUACCACGAUAAUAAUAGAACGGUUUAAAUCCCCUACGUGGCUCGCAGCAUGGAGGAAACUGAGUGAUCAUUUGGGGUGCCUUGAGCAUAGGAUUCCCGAAAUACCAGAUUUUCAGGCACCUCUCUCUUUCUAUUGUGCUAGUCUGGGUUUGAGAGCUGCUCUUGAGGUGGCAUUGGAAAAAGAGGUUCAAAUGCUUGAUGACGAGACCAAAGAUAUAAUCUUGAUGACGGCAACCAGAUCAGGCAACCUGGAGACUGUCAAGUAUUUGCUUUCAAAGUUCGAUUAUCAACAGGAGUCUAUUUCCAAAGCCAUCGCAGAGCCGCCUAUAAGUGGAAACCAAGCUGUGAUAUCAGAGCUCUUGAAGAGAUUCCAGUGGGAGCAAGGGUCAUCUGCUAUUACUUCCCUGUUAGAACGAGCUGCAUAUAUGAAUGGGCCUCCACUGCUGAUACAGACUGCUGCCGACCAACUUAAACAGCACCACAGUGGUUUAACAGUUCACCUACAGCCGGCUUUGCAUGCCGCGAUCAAAGUGGGCAACAAGGCCGCGGCAAAGAUUAUACUUGACUUGAAGUCUUUAGGAACCAAGGCCAGUAAAACAGCUACGGAUGAAGAAAGCCAAACACAAAACUCCCCAAGCAACUUAUUACACUUGGCCGUUGCAAACGGAAACGUUAACUUGCUAUCGAUGCUCGCCUCGGAAAACUUAUCAAUCGAUAUGAGAGAUAAGAAAAACAGGACUGCACCUCAUCUUGCUGUUAUGCUGAGCUAUCAAAGCAUGGUCCGUCACUUGAUCUUGAUGAAAAUAGAUGUCACUGCGAAGGAUAUUCUCGGUCGUACGGCUUUACAUUACGCGGCUCUUAUGGGACACCUUGAAAUCGUCAAAGAGCUACUUUUACAAGAAGUCAUUGAGAUUGAUGAAAUGGAUCUUGCCGGAAAUACUCCACUACUGUUGGCCACCAAAAUGCGACAGAGAGAAGUGGUAGAAGAGCUACUGGAGGAAAAAGCAUCCUCUAGGAAGCGGAAUAAGCUCAAGGAGACGGCCCUUCACAUUGCCGUCCGUAAUGCGGACGAAUCCAUUGUUCAAUUGAUAGCCGCAGCAGAGGAUGUGAAUCUAGAGGCGAAGACGAAGGAUUCUUGUACACCCCUUCUCUUAGCUGCUGAAAACGGUCAUUUGGAUAUAUUCAAGCACCUUCUCAGCCGAGGAGCAGAAAAGAACGUUGUCGACGCUGAUGGAUUGACACCUCUGCAUCUGGCAGCGAAGAAUGGUCAUGUAGCCCUCGUCAAGAUGCUUCUUCAGUACAAUGCAGACAUCGAGAGCGAAAAUUUCUGGAAACGGACUCCGGUCAUGAUUGCUUGUCAAGCUGGUAAUGUGGAAACCGCACUGCAAGCAGCCAUUGAAGGGAAUCAUCGGUCUAUUGUUGAGCUAAUUUUCAAGACGGGGCCUGACAUUAGAAGCGAAGAUUGCCAUGGAAACUCUCCUCUUUGUCAUGCUGUGCGUUUCAAAUCAGAUGAGAUGGUUAUCUUUAUGAUUGAACGCGGUGCGGAUGUUAAUCACAUUAACAUGGAGGGGUGCAGUGCUCUUCAUUUGGCUAUCGCAUCCCGAUUUGACGAGUGUGUCAAGUUACUUGUUGGAGCUAAAGCCAAUUUGAACAUCUCAAGCCACUGGAUUGUACCUCCUCUGUAUUAUGCAGCAACUCGCGGCACCCUUACAUCUUUCAGUAUACUUCUUGACGCAACGGCGGACAUUGAAUUUCGCUCAAGAAUCGACAACACUACUUGCAUGUAUGCGGUGUGUGUGGGAGGCGAGAAUAUAAGCUUCUCGGGAAGCGAGGACACCGUGGAGAGGAUCAAACUACUCGAGAAAAAGGGAGCGAAUGUCAAAGCUCUCGGUGGAGAUUGGGGUUCUCCUUUGCAUGCUGCUAUAGCAAUGCGUCACGAAUACUACGAUUAUCAAUCUCUGGAUGUUGUGGAUUACUUACUUUCACGAGGGGCUUCAGUAACGGACGAAGAUGAACAAGGCAGAAGCGCCGUUCAUAUUGCCGCCUCCACAAAAGGUAGCCUGGACAGCUUCAUCAAAAUACUUGGCCGAGAUCCGAACGGCUUGACACGACAAGACAAACAGGGCAGGACUGUCUGGCACCAUGCAGCAACUGCAGGGAACCUGCAUGUUUUGGGAUACAUAUUGCGGCUCAUUCGCUCCCAUGAUUGUGAAAAUGAAGAAUCAUCUCAAAUACCCAAGGAUCUACGCAUCAAAGACGCCAUCUCACAGGGUGAUAAACAUGGUUGGACUCCACUCAUGUGGUCUUGCAAACAGGAAAACCGCGAAAUUGGCUUCUUUCUUGUUCAUUAUGGAGCUGAUGCCAACCACAUCUCCCAGAUGGAUUGGAAAGCGGAUGAUGUUGCAACGUAUCAUGGGCAAAAGACCGUGACAUGGCGAAUGGCGCAGGCGAAACGGAGGGCGGACCGGAAGGCGAAGGCGAAGGCGAAGGAGACACUGAUGGAGUCACAGAGGCACAAUCCGGGCGUGGAGGCAGAUGAUGAUGAUGAUGACGAUAGCGAGUUAUCCCCUUAUUCAUCCUCUGAUGAUGAUGCCUAUGAUGUCAAGGUGCUUGUUGACGGUAAACCCGUACGCAAAGCCACUUGGAGAAGAGUGAUCUGCGGCGGGUGUGCGACGGUGAUAUAUGGACCAUAUUGGAUGUGUGAGGAUCGAAGACUCUAUUUCUGUUUCAAGUGUUCUUGGACACGACAAGAAACACACCCCGGACUGACGUUCGAACUAAAUGACGAACGCUGCACUCAAGGAGAGAUGCCGCCUGCUCCUGGUACAGAUUCGGCGCAAGUGGUCUGCACUGUGCCAUUGCUAGCCACUGAUGAUCUAAACGACUCUGUUAGGGACUUGAUGUUUAGCUCUUAA